UACUGGUUUUGGUGAAGAAGAUUGGCUCUGAGCUAACAUCUUUAUUUUGCCUUCAUUUCUAAAGGGUUUUUUCACUUGUAGACUCGUGGACUGGCAGUUCUUUUCUUCAGCACAUUAAAGAUGUUUUCCCUGCCUCUGGCCCCACCGCUUCUGAUGAGAAUUCCAAAGUCCUCUGGGUUGUUCUCACAUAGGUGAUGUGUGUUUUAUCAGCUGCUUUUGAGGCGGUGUCACUUUGUCUUGGGUUUUCAGCAAUGGGAUUAUGAUCUGGGCGUGGAUUUCUUUAAGUUCAUCCUGUUUGAGGUUUGCUGAGUUGCUUGAGUGUGUAAGUUUAUAUCUUUAACUAAAUCCAGGAAGUGCUCAGCUAUUAUUUCUUCUAAGUUUCUUUCCAGCGUCACAAUUUUUUCUUCUUUCCUUCUGAGUCAAUGACACAGAUGUCGAACUUUUUGAUAUUAUUCCACAUUCCCUGAAGCUCUGUUCAUUUUGUUUUUCCAGCUUCUUUCUGUUCAGAUUGGAUGAUUUUUAUUGAUGUCAUUAUUGUUAUUUCUCUCUUUCCUCUCUUAUCUCCAUUCUGAUAUGGAUCCUAUCCAGUGAAUUUUUUAUUUCUGUUAUUAUAUUUUUAAUAAUUUCUGUUUGCCCAUAACUUCUGCCAGUGCUGAGACUUUCUCUCUUUCCAUUUGUUUCAAGAAUGUCUGGCUUCGUCUUGAAGCAAUGUGUAGUAGCUGGUUUAAAGUCUCUGUGGAUUCCAGUGGUCAUCUCGGAGUGGGCUUCUCUGGAUUAUUUUUUCCCUUAAGAGUUGAUCAGACUUUCCUGGUUCUUUGUAUGUCAAAUAAUUUUGGAUUGCGUUCUGGAUACUUUGAAUAUUGUUGUGAGACUUGGGGUCUUGUUUAAACCUCAGGGAGAAUGUAACCAUUUUUGUGGAAGCAGGAAAUGGACCUGGUUCAGGCUGUAGGUUCCCAGCCCUCCUGGGGUGGUCCUCCCAUCAGAUCAGUCUUCAGAGCGUUGGCAGAGCCCUUUGGAUCUGUCCUGGGGGUCACUUCUCAAAACCUUUAGUUUGCCACUUAGGAUCAAGUUCCCACACGGACAGUUAUGGAGUGACUCAGGCAUUUGUACACUCUAGGGUGCAAUCCCUUUCAGCACCUCCCUCCUCUCUAUUCUCUCUUGUACCCUCUGACCUCAGAGUCCCCUUCCUUGUCCUCUGGCUGGAUACCUGGGCUCUUGUGUGUCCUCUAUGCUGUGACACCUUGGGACCGGGUCUGCUCUGGGCCACAUGUCAGAGGACAGAGAGCGGGACAAGUGGGGACCCCUACAGUCUUUGGACUAACUUGCCUCUAGUCCCUGAGUUUCAGGUACCUGCCCGGCCACCGCCAUCCCAGGGUUAUAGCAGGGACUGGGCUUGUGGGAGGGCAGAGCCAGCAAGACAACAAUGAUAAUAAAAGCAGGGAAUUCCGCCCUUUGUGUCCUGUGUGGGUUUCCCUUCCCUCCUCCCAGACCAGAGACGGAACUUGUCUCCAAGUGCUUUCUGUGCACAGCUCUGGGAUAUGGGCUGCCUCUGAGUUCAGGCCAGGGGGCACAGAGGAACAAGUAACAAACCAGGAGACUCACCUCCCGAGGAGUCUCCUUGGACUGGUCUCCUUUCCCGACCCCUGCUGUGGACACUGAGUUUCCAGGCCCACUUGCAGCAGCUCUGUGCCUUCUGCUCAGGGAUUUUAGCUCUUAUGGUAGCAAAGACGGGUGGUUUGUGCUUAUUCCGUCCUCACUAGCACCAGAAGCCCUGGAAUAGCUCUUCUCUUGCCGUCAUUUCUGUCCGAAGAUGGCGGGCUGGGCCUGAAGGGCGGGUCUGUGCAGAUGCAUACGGCUGCAGGCACUGCAAGUGCUGUGUGGACGCAGAGGCUGCCUGUGACCUGUGCUCUGCCUGUUAUUUCCUCCAGGACUUGGGACCCUGGCAGAGUGACGCAUUUGGUCCUGGGCAUCCUCUUCAGCUGUGCCAUGGCAACCCCGGAUGUGAGCGUCCACAUGGAGGAGGUGGUGGUGGUGACAACGCCUGACACCGCAGUGGACGGCAGCGGCGUGGAGGAGGUGAAGACUGUACUGGUCACGACCAACUUGGCUCCUCAUGGGGGCGACCUCACAGAAGAUAACAUGGAGACAGAAAAUGCGGCAGCAGCUGCGGCCGCUGCCUUCACAGCAUCAUCGCAGCUCAAGGAAGCCGUGUUAGUGAAGAUGGCUGAAGAGGAGGAGAACCUGGAGGCAGAGAUCGUGUACCCCAUUACCUGUGGGGACAGUCGAGCCAACCUGAUCUGGAGGAAGUUUGUGUGCCCUGGCAUCAACGUGAAGUGUGUUCAGUACGACGAGCACGUCAUCAGUCCGAAGGAGUUCGUGCACCUGGCCGGCAAGUCCACCCUGAAGGACUGGAAGAGAGCCAUCCGCAUGAAUGGCAUCAUGCUCAGGAAGAUCAUGGACUCCGGGGAGCUAGACUUCUACCAGCACGACAAGGUCUGCUCCAACACUUGCCGCAGCACCAAGAUCGACCUCUCGGGAGCCCGCGUGUCCCUCAGCAGCCCCACGUCAGCCGAGUACAUCCCGCUCACGCCUGCCACGGCUGAUGUGAAUGGGUCUCCUGCCACCAUCACCAUAGAGACCUGCGAGGACCCCAGCGACUGGACCACGGCCAUCGGAGAUGACACCUUUGCUUUCUGGCGAGGGCUCAAGGACGCUGGCCUGCUGGACGAGGUCAUACAGGAGUUCCACCAGGAGCUGGUGGAGACCAUGAAAGGCCUGCAGCAGCGGGUGCAGGAUCCUCCCCUGCAACUGCGAGAUGCCGUCCUCCUCAACAACAUCGUGCAGAACUUCGGCAUGCUGGAUCUGGUGAAGAAGGUGCUGGCCAGCCACAAGUGCCAGAUGGACCGUUCACGGGAGCAGUACGCCCGCGACCUGGCGGCCCUGGAGCAGCAGUGUGACGAGCACCGCCGACGGGCCAAGGAGCUCAAGCACAAGUCGCAGCACCUGAGCAAUGUGCUCAUGACGCUGACGCCCGUCUCCCUGCCACCCCCCGUGAAGCGGCCCCGGCUCGCAAGGGCCACGUCCGGGCCGGCUGCCAUCGCCUCUCAGGUGCUCGCCCAGUCCGCGCAGAUCGCCCUCGCCCCGGGCGUGCCUGUCUCCCAGCUGACCAGCGUGCCGCUUGGCAAAGUGGUGUCCACCUUGCCAUCCCCUCUGCUGGGCAAGGGCUCCCCCCAGGCUGCUCCUGCCAGCUCCCCGGCCUCACCACUGCUUGGGGGCUACACAGUGCUGGCCUCAUCGGGCACCACCUUUCCUAGUGCGGUGGAGAUCCACCCGGACGCGUCCAGUCUCACGGUGCUGAGCACGGCUGCCAUGCAGGACGGCAGCACUGUGGUCAAGGUGGUGAGCCCGCUGCAGCUGCUCACCCUGCCCGGCCUAGGCCCCACCCUGCAGAACGUGGCCCAGGUGUCACCCGGGGGCAGCACCAUUGUGACAGUGCCCACGGGGGCCAUGGAGAGCGCUGUGGCUGCCCCGGGGCCUGAGGAGCACACAGCCACCAUUGAGGUGGCCGCCCUGGCGGAGGGCCAUGAGCACAAGUAGCCAUCAGCAGAGGGCGAGGCCCCUCUCAGGCACAGGGAUGGCUGCCUCUCCUCAGGCCGUGGCCGGCAGAACAUGGCACCAGCGUCUGGAGGGUCACGUGGGGCUGCUGAACCAAAGAGGAGCCACCGAAACAGUGGAGAGAAGAGAGAGGGACAAAAAUGCAGCUGCCUCUGGCGCCUGUCCCGCGUUCUGAGCUUCUCCCCUUCUUUCUUGGGAAAUAUAUUUUUCCAUCUGUUGCUUAUUAAUACUGUUUACACAUUGGGCCUUGAUCAGGAGCCAGGCGGAGGGGACAAGGCCUAGGUGCAGCCGGGUGCCAGGAGCAGCCAGGGAGGGGGUGCCUGUAGACCCGCAGGCCUGCGCUGCCUGGGGGCACGUGACUAGCACUUGUCUUGGGAACCGUCCCCAAGUGUGGAAACCCGUGGAUCCUAUGGAUUUGGUUUCUUCCCACAGUUUUCUGUAGGUUUAGUGCAGCCACAUCCUGUUCCUCAUCUCUGGAACAGGCAUCACUGGGGCCGCAGGUCUGCACGUGGUUCAGGUCUGGGGGCUCCCGGGCACCCAGGGGUUGGGGUGCAGAGCCCAGGGGCACCCGCCUGAGCAGAGGGGGCUGAAGGCCACGAGCAGCACGCGCUUCCUCUCUCUGCCCACAGGCGAGAAUGGGGACACCCACCUCCCCUCACCCGGCAGGUGCUCAGGGGCCACUGUACAUGCACUGUGGGAGUUUUUAAGUGACUUGUUUAGUAGGCUUCUAGGAAGAGUCAAGUUUGUAGCAUUUUCAACCUAAACGAUGCUUAGUGCCUAGGCUUCCUGAAUCUGCUCUGGGUUCCAGAGUGUUUUGUACAAAACAGCUGUUGGGAUGGCCCGUGGGUGACCAAGUGCUGGGGAGGUCUGCCGUUCUCCCCUAUGAGGCCCCAGCACUGAACUGGCCCCCCCAGGGGAGUGUGAUGGCGGGUGUGCUCCUGGGGCUUUGGUCCUGGGGGUGGGAGCCUAACUAGCACAAGACAGGAGCUGUGGAGGGUUCCCACAGGGUGGAGAUGCCCCUUCAGAUCACGGGCUCAUCGUCGCCCCCUGUGCUCAACCUGCUGGUGGGGCCAGCAUAGCAGCCUCAGCCUGGGACCCCCCACGCCUCCCCACCUGGAGGCGGCUGCACCCUGCUGGCUGACACCGGUGCCCCAGCAUGUGUGAGGCGGCUGCCUGGCAGGCUCGGCCGGGCCAUUCCCCUCAAGGUGGGGACCUGGGUGCUCCUGGGAAGGGCUGUUCCUGGGCAUCUGCAGUUCUCAUUUUGGACUCAGGAAGACCAGGCAGGGGCCGCUCUGUAGGCCUUAAGCUGUCGCCAGCAGGGUCCCCGGCCACCCCUAGACGACCUGCCAGCUCUGUCACCGCUGCCACCCACAGUGGGGGAGGGGCCCCCGAGAAAAGCCACCACCCCACCUCAUGCUCUGAAGAGAACUGGGCUCCUUCUGUCCGUCCUUCCGCCCAUCAAGUGCCCCAGAACCCCCUCAGAGGGCCUCGCCCCACGUCAAGCUACUGAGGUUGUUGUUUUGUUUUCUUUGUUAUGUUUUGUCUGCUGUUGUCAUGGGCCAGCUGGUUGCAGCGUGCUCUUUACUCGUCGGUGUACAUACUCCUUUUUUAAGCUCAUCUUCACUGAGUCAUGAAUCCUGUUACACGUGGAGUGUGACCCUGUGUGUGGGUACCCCUGGCCCGCCCACCCGUCCACACCAGCUCAGACUGUAUUAAUACCAUGUCGCUGAUAAAACUGUCUUGCCCGUGGAGCCUUUGUCAGAGUUGGAGGAGCCCGCUUGUACCGGGAGUGCUGGACGGAAAGUUCACUUCAGAGCCAUCUACACGGAAUCACACACAGCUUCAGAAUCAACACCCAGCCCCUUACUCCAUCCUGGGACGUUCGGAUGCAGGGCUGGGAGGCUGUGUCCAGUACUCCCUAGGUCCGCUCACUCGUGGACAUCCGUGUCUGGCAGGGCUCAAGCCCCAGGCUGCGGGGAGGGGUCCGCCGUCCUCGAGGAAACAGCCACUGGGGACGGGGUCAGUGCGCUCUGUGGGCGCCAGCCCGCGCCCCACCUCCAGUCUCCUUGGGGCAGAGCGACAGGCUGUCCCAGUGCCUGUGCAUUGAAUGCUGGGAAGGCAGGGUCAGGUUUGGUUUUUCCCGUCGGUGCUCAGAGGCAGCCUGGGGAAGGGAAGCAUCUGAGUUCUACUUUGUAUGUUGUUUUGCAAGUAUCCGCUCGGUACUUUGAUUUAAAAUAAAAACGUUUUUCAUAAUU